UCUUCGAGCUCCAGCUGCAUCACCAGUGCAUUCAUUCCCUCCUCCUAUUCUCUGACUGGCAGUACCUGUGGUUGUCGAGCAUGAGCGGUGAAGGAGAGCCAAAGCGUCCCCACACACAAGGCGGCGACUCGGCCGCUGCAAAUGACAACACACCGGUGAGCAUCCGACAAGCGAACGCAUUCAUUCAAGAGAGCACACAGACGUCCAUCAUUCAUCGUGUCUGUGUGUGUGUGCUGCAGUCCAUCAGCGAGGGUUUGGUUCGUCUGGAGGAGCGCAUCGCAUCGCUGCACACACACAUAGAUCAGGCACGUGGCGCAUUAGAGGCCAAAUGGCCUCACUGCUGGUGUGCUCUCAUCCGCUGUGUGUGUGCGCGGUGCCUGCAGGUCACACGAGAGGCUGCCGGUGUGCAGCAGCUCUUCAACACCACAGUCGCCGCACAGGUCAACCAGACACACACACACACACACACAAACACGAGAGUACUGCAGCCGUCACUCUCUCUCUGGUUGUCUGUGUGUGUGUUUGGUGCAGACGCCCUUUCUCGGCGAUAAGUGGCUCAGCGUCUUCGCCGCUCUCUCGUCGGCUAAAGAUGCGCUGCGCGACGUCGACGAUGGCGUCAAGGGCACCAUUCGGCCCAUCGGCUGGGCCAAGCCGCCCCCGCCCGCCGACUCGGCCGACGGCCUGCCGCCUGAUGUCUGCCGCGACGUCAUCUACCCGUGGCUGCCCAUCGACGAGGCCGUCUGCUCGGCCCGCCCCAUCAGCAGGGCACACGGCAGCCAACUCGUCAAUGAGGCCUUCGUGCAGCGCCGCAUCACCAAGCACCUCAGCCGCCACUCGCUGACCGGCCUCAUCGACGUGCAACGGACAGCAGCAGACACAACCAAUGCGGCGGCACCCACCCCAGCCCCUCCGACCACCAGCAGCAGCAGCAGUGACGCACCGGCCCCUGCAGCUGCUGGUGGUGGCCGUCAUGUGUCGCAUUUCUGUCAUCUGUGCCAGUGCUGCUAUGCCCUCGAGCAUGGCGGGGUGGUGUGGUGUGAGUGGCCCGAAUUCAUCCGGCUGGCCGACAUCUACAAGCUGACGCCGUCGACUGGCCUGCCGCUGAUCAUGUCGGCCCAGUGGAUGGCGGCCCACCUGCCCACCAAGGCCGACUUCCACACCAUGCCCCUCGCCCUUCGCCAGUACAGCACAUUCGGCCACCUCCUCAACUACCAGGGCACCAGCCUGGCGAUCACAAAGCUGGAUGAGCCCGAUGAUGGCGAUGAGGGCAAGAAGGGCAAGAAGGAGGCCGAGGGGGGGGAUGGAGACGGGGACGGUGGGGUGACGCGGCAGCGCUAUCGCAUUGGAAGCAGCGAGCACGAGUGGCGGUUCGAGACGCUGCCGCUGUCCGGCCUCCCUCCCCGCCACCCCUACCGUCACACAUACGACCCCCACAACCCGCCCAUCCGCUACCAUGAUCACGUCGUCGGUGACUUUCUCUUCCCCUCAUUCACGGCCUUCAUGAAGUGGAUGGUCUUGGUGGAGUGGUGUUUCCAAGAGGGGGUGGAUGAGAAGCAGGUAUUUGGGGCGGUAGUGGGCGGUGGCGAUGAGCGGUAUCGGUCGCUGCUCACGGACCCCAUAGACGGCCACACCACCAUCGACUUCAUCACCGAGGGGGAGUGGGAUGACGGGCAGCGGCGACUCAUCAUCCUCAAGGGCAUGAAGGAGGAUGACACCGUCGCUGCCUACCUGGACCUGUACGGUGGCAUCAUCAACCUCUACACCACCGAGGCGGAGCUCGAGGGCCAGACGCGACUAUCCGACCGCUAUCCCACCGCGAUGCAGCUCGCCCGCUCUCUCCUCACGAAACACCGACUCGCCCACAUCAUACCACAGUAGCGGAGAGGAGACAAUGCAAGUGAGCCACAGCGCGAAAGAGACAAAUACACAAGAUGCACGCAAUGAGUGCCUCGAUGACAUUGGUGCAUCUCUUUGUGUCUGUGUGUAUGUUUAGGUGAGUUGAUUCGUAGACAGUGAAGAACCUGGCAGCAUCGAGUUGUACUGUUCGCUUAGCUGCGGCGGAGGGCCCACUUGCAGCGACGUGUGAGUAGAUGGGCUGGAGGGGCGUGGUGUUGACUCCAGGAAAGUCCCAUGAUACGUGUAUACGUGUGUUCAUGUUCGUAUGUGUGAAUUGCACCGACUUACAGUGGGCGAAUUCACACACAUCCAAUCAAAGUGUGUCCA